UGUGCUCCCCCAUUCCCAUCGCUACGAAGCGGAGGGCAGCACCGUCGUCGUGUGCCAACAGCUGAUCUGAUCCCCAAUGGAGUUCCCAUUCGGCCACCACCGCCACCACCAGCAACGCCGCAACGAGGAGGAUGAGAGGGAGGAGCGUCGCUGCCCCCCGCCCGGCCAGCACCACCACGGCCAGCCGCCUCCUCCCUCCUCUUACUACGGCGGCGGCGGCGCUGAGGAGGAGUACGGCCGCCCUGCCCACCCUCCCGUUCAACACGUCUCGCACGGUGGCGGGGCCCGGUACGGAGAGACCCUCCCCCAACCUCCCGCUCCCGGUUACCACGGCGGCGGUGCCGAGGAGUACGGCCGACCCGCCUACCCGCCCGUCCAGCACGUGACGCAGGGGUACGGCGAGUCCCGCCCCCACCCUCCCGCUGGCGGCUACUACGGUGGGGGUGGAGGCGGCGACGAGCUCCACCACCGCCGUCCCACGCCGUACUCCUCUGGCGGCCGCGACGGCUGCGAGGAGGAGCCAUCGCGGCCUCGUCAGCCCACCGUGAGGAUCUUCACCAGGGCGGAGGAGAACUACUCUCUUUCUAUCAGGGACGGGAAGGUGAUCCUCUCCCGCAACGAUCCCAGCGACCCGUCCCAGCACUGGAUCAAGGAUAUGAAGUAUAGCACCAAGGUAAAGGAUGAAGAGGGCUUCCCAAGUUUUUCUCUCAUUAAUAAGGCUACUGGAGAAGCCGUGAAGCACUCCAUUGGAGCAACCCACCCUGUUCGGCUGGUUCCAUACAAACCAGACUAUCUUGAUGAGUCAGUGCUCUGGACCGAGAGCAGGGACACAGGUGAUGGCUUCCGAUGCAUAAGAAUGGUGAACAACAUUCGGUUGAACUUUGAUGCCUUACAUGGGGACAAGGACCAUGGAGGAGUCCGAGAUGGAACCUUUGUCGUGCUCUGGGAGUGGCUGAAGGGUGAUAACCAGAGGUGGAAGAUUGUUCCUUACUGAGAAAUGUGACGGUGUCUGCAUCCUCACCUGUCUUUUAUCAGAUCAUAUGAACCUUAUGGGUUUCUGCUAAUAAUUUCUUUUGGAGAAUAAGAGCUCCGAGGUGAACUUGUGUUUCCCUCUCCGAGCAAGACUGCUGUUCAGGUAUUUGGUGUGCAUCCAUGUCACUAAGCCUCUUUGUGGUAUUCGUAAGUUGUCUGCCUUAAGUGUUAAUUAAACUAUGUAAGACAACUAGUUGUCGGUCUUAUUUGUAUGCUUGCUUGGUGGUGUACGAUGGAUGUCUGUGAUCUCCAUCAUCAUCUUUUCUUUUAUUGUGUUGGUUUUUUCUUAGCAUUGUAAUUUGAAGCCCUUUAUUUUGCUUUGAGGUUAUUUGCUAUGGACUCAGAAAUAAGAAGAGAUUAGUCCGUCAA